AUGACAAACAAAGGAACAGGCGAUAUUCCCGCAUCCAAUUUCGACGAUGCUGUAACUGAAAGUUCUAAAAGUAAAAGGAUAAAUAUUUUUCUCCAGAAUGUCACUAAAACUGUUGUGCUUUUCUUCAGUUGGUGCUGUUUGGGUUUAUACGCAGAAGUGUUAGGUCCCUCCCUACAAACGUACAUCAAUGUAACAGGCACAAACAGUGAGGAAAUUAGCCGAUGUUUCUCAAUGCGAGAGCUGGGCAUGUUUUUCGGAUCUCUUGUGGGGGCUUUCUUUGCUGAUCGGUUUGUCCGUUAUCGUAACCUUACUAUGGCUGUCACUCUAAUUCUCGGCGCAAUUACCAUCGGUGCUGUUCCAUUCUGCCUUGAUGUGAUGUCACUAUCGGCUACUUUCUUCUUUUCGGGUUUUGCUCAUGGAUCCAUGACUGCUAAUGGAAAUCCUCUUCUAAACUCAAUCUGGUUGGAAAAAUCUGGCGGUCCUUUCAACUUCAUGCACGCGGGCUAUGGUGUGGGAGCUGCGAUAGCUCCGGGAUUGUUGGCACCUUAUACCUACUCUGACGUGAGACAUCUUGCCAAUGGUUCUACAGUGAAUACCACACUGAUUCACCUCCACAUUCCAUACUACAUCGUUGCGGGACUUUGCUGCUUUGUGGCCUUUCUCUUCUGCUUUUUCAACUUCUGUCAUCCAAAGAAAAAGCGAUCAACCGAUAACAGCAUUCUCAAAACCGAUGGAUGUGAUGAAAUUUCCUCUUACUUAGAUGAAUUAACCGUAGAUGAUGCAUCACCACGGCCUAUUAAGAAAACACCAAGAUGGUGGCAAGCUGUUGUUUCGCAAUCUAAAGUCAUUCUCUAUAUUGUCUUUCCAACCUUCCUUCUUUUUGGCGCUCUAGUUGGUAACGAGCGAGUCUUCUCAAAGUUUAUCUUCGUGUUCGCCAAUGAAGGACCGGCCAGACUCUCCAAAGAUGAUUGUCUUCUUCUAACUGGUGUUUACUGGAUUGUUUUCGCAAUAGCCCGUGUGAUCACUGUUCCAGUUAGUCUGAUUAUUCCUCUUCCCAUUCUCUUCGCAAUUCAAUUAGUUGGCGCUUGGGCAAUGGCACUGGGACUUUAUCUUGGACCAAGUACCAGAGUGGCUUAUCUUGCAUUUACAGUUUGCUUUGGACUGUUCAAGAGUCCGCUCUUUCCAACUGGUCUGGGUUUGAUUAGUACGGCAACCCCGAUUACUGGUGUGAUCGUCUUCUUCGUGAAUCUCGGAAGCUCAUUGGGAGCAAGUGGUCUACAGGCAUUGGCUGGUGCUAUACUUCACCGAAUAGGAGUCCACGUGUUCCCCUUGCUGGUGAUGGCCUCUGGAGCGGUUUUGAUCUUCAUUGGCGCAGCAUUGAUAGCUACUACACAGUUGUAUAAAAAGAGGCACGGCUCGCCUUCGGAUAUGAGUGUAAAGGUCAAACCUAACGAGGAAAACGAGAUGACUUCCCAGUCAGCUUAG